ACCUAACGACGAGGAAUAUAAUUUUCGAUGUAUGCGAUCGGAGCGAUCUUAAUAUAAUUAAUUCUACUUUUCAAAUACACAAUUAAUAUUUACAUUAGAUAAAACUUCUCAAUGCACCGUUGCUUGAUGAUUCUUUUCUGCGUAGCGGCAUCAACGUUGGAACAAGCCCAUGGUCAUGGAGUCUGGAAUGGGACCGUUGGGGAGCAGAUUGCCGGUGUUCAUGGGCGUGGCACUGUCCAGCGACCGCGCAACGUUUCAGCGGUCAACUUCACAUUCCGUAAUCAAACUUAUCCCAAACGGCAGUUAAUAACGACUACCAUUGCACCUGUGUCCACUUCCAAAAAAGCUGCUACGUCGUCGACGCCGGCGGCGAAUACAACAAUGCGGAUUCCCGUUCCCAUCAUGAUAAUCGACAGCCGCGUGGCGACACUUAAUCGCAAAAGAGAUGAUGAUACGUCGCUAAUGGUCACCAACCUCAUCAAGGAUAAAAUCGAUAACUGAAAAACUUAUUGCAUAAUUAUUUAUCUAUAAUUUUCUAUACGGGCAUAAAUUUUAAAGCGAAUAUAGUAAUUUACCGAUACAGAAUGUUGCCAUUAUCUGUGUAUUAGUAAAACAGUUUAAAAAAACUCGUGGACACUUGUUUGAUACGAAAAUAUAUUUCUGACAUGCAACGAUUUGCCAUAUCUUGCAAAA